GCUCCUCCGGUCACGUGGUGGGGGCGCAGGGCGGCUUUGUGGCCGCCAUGUUGUGCGGCCCCGGGCCGGGCCGGGCAUGGCGGGGGCCGGCAGCAAUUGGCUCUCGGGGGUCAACGUGGUGCUGGUCAUGGCUUACGGCAGCCUGGUGUUCGUGCUGCUGUUCAUCUUCGUGAAACGCCAGAUCAUGCGCUUUGCCAUGAAGUCCCGCCGUGGCCCCCACGUGCCUGUGGGACAGCACGCGCCCAAGGAUUUAAAGGAAGAGAUUGACAUUCGGCUGUCGAGGGUGCAGGACAUCAAGUACGAGCCACGGCUGCUGGCAGAGGACGACGGCCGGCUCCUGCAGCUGGAGACACCAGGCUGCUAUAACUACCUGUACAGGAUGAAGGCACUGGAUGCAAUCAGGACAUCAGAAAUCCCGUUCCAAGCAGAGGGCCGGUACCCAAAGUCUUUAAUAGGGAAGAACUUCUGUGCCUACUUGCUGGAACUACGGAAUUCCAGCACCUCCUUCAAAGGCAUCCGCAAAGCCUUGAUUGACACCUUGCUGGAUGGCUACGAGAGCGCCCGCUAUGGCACUGGGGUCUUUGGGAAAACGGAAUAUCUGAAGUAUGAGGAAGCUCUGAAUGAACUGGCAAACAUCACCAAGGCCCGGGGCGGCAGCAGCCAGCGGCAGCACCAGUCAGCAGUGAAAGACCUCACGCUGUCCCCUGAAGUCUCCAGCCCCACCACCAUCCAGGUCACCUACCUUCCUUCCAGCCAGAAGAGCAAACGUGCCAAACACUUCCUGGAGCUGAAGAGUUUCAAGGACAACUACAACACACUGGAGAGCACCCUGUGAGCGUGCAGGGGCCUGGUGCAGUGGGUAUGCUGGGCUGGUCUGGGCUGCAGCGCAGGCAGCACCGAGAGGAACCAGCUGCACUCUCAGAUC